UAUUUGUAUUGCAAUCGCUAUCAUGGUUUCGCGUCUACAUUUUGUUGAAUUUUAUGUUACUCGUUAUUCUAUAAAUUGUUGAAUUUAUUUUAAUUUAAUGCCAUGUAAUUUGUUACAUUUACACUCAUUAUCGGUUAAUUAAACUACUCGCCAAGUUUCGCGAAAUUCGGUCGCCAUUUACGGUUACAACAAUCGAAAUCGUCGGACGAUCGCAAACCACUUUUUUAGCCCUUUGGUCUAGGAUAGAUUUGCAUUGUGAAGUUGACCGAUUCGUUACCAUCGGCUGGAAUAAAAUUUUUCGGUAAAUAUGAAUAAUUUUCGAAUGGUGAAUUUUUUUCAUCGAAUUUUAACCGAUUUUCCAGCUAAUUUGCACCGAGAUUAGAUUCGAACGAGAUGCUAACGUGUUUUGGGUACUAAUGGUUCUGGUGCUGGACACAGUGAUAUUGUAUACGAAGCUAGAACCUUUGCAAGAGCAAAUGAGGCAGAUACUGGUGCGUUGUUCGCUCCGGUUGUCGAUCAACGACGUGCACAACCCCACUGCAGUAUUCCAGUUCGUGUAGCUGUCGAUAGAGGUGUGUCGAACUGGGCUCGGAAGGAGUCUGUAGCAAGAUCUGAUAUUUCAACGAGUAUCAGUUCGUCAUCAGUAACAACAUCAGACUACCCCACAAUCUUCAGCAUCAUCAUCUGUUUCCUUGGUUGUUGAAGUUGGCCCGAAAGUACGUCCUUCUUACAGGCCGACUGCUAUGAAAAAAGAUGUCAGCGGUACGCCUUGUCAAGUAGCUGAGAUCACAACCAGUAGUUUGUGCAGUAAAAGCGGAGAUUCGUCGUCGCCCUCGAACUUGGCCAGUACCGGUAGUGUGGUUACUACGUCUUUCCAAUCGCAGCAGCCGCAACCACAGGAGGACGAUUUGCGUGUAAAAUCUAAUAUGGUAACUGUGGUAGCGGCUUCGUCAGCGACAGCUACGUCCACGACGUCGGCUAUUAGCUCGAAUGGUAGUACUGGAGCUGGAUUGGUUCCAAAUUCUGUCGGCUCUUCUUUCGCCAAUACUUUGGCUGCCAGUACUAGUAUUACGUUGAGCAGCGCUGGAAUUCCGGUCGGUAUCGCUAUAGCUAGACAACGAUACGUGGCUAAUUCCGAAACAGUGGUGAAUAAAACGACGACGCCGUUCAAAGACACUGGCAACGUUUCGUGCUCGGCGGCGGUGGUAGCUCCUUCGUCGUCGGCCUCAUAUUCGUCUGUGAUACCUUGUCAUUCGACAAUCCUCUCUAGCGGAUUCGCUGCUACUCCUUUAGGAGUCAUCGCCGAAUCUAUCAAUUGCCCUCCUAAACACGCCAACGAACUGGCUCCAACUGUGACCAAUCUGCAACCAUUUUGGUCCACCCAGACCGGCGGUAUUUCUGGCACGGCAACGUUACCAAUGUCGAUAGCGCAGCCGCAGCAGACCCAGACGCAGCAGCCGUCGGCUACUCCGUUACCCAUAUCGAUUCCCACCCAGACGCAGCAAUCAGCGCAGACGCUCACUGCUGCCCAUUCGUCGUUGGCCAUGCCCCAUCAGCACGCAGCUGUAUCCCAGUGGCAUUCUUAUACCGGUGCUGCAAUGGAAUCUCAAAUUGCUACUGGGAUGCCGUCUACUUGCGGAGGGUUCCAAAUCGCUCGAGAUUCAGUUUCUGGUCAGAUCAUCUUGAUACCGACUGGUCAAAUUGAUUCUACGAUUCGUCAACAACAACAACGUAACUUGUUUCUAGUGCCAAGUGGUGGUAUUCAGCAAUCUGCUGGAACCGCGUCAGCUGCCGCUUGCUCGUCGACCAAUCAUCAUCAUCAUCAGCAACAGCAAACGCAGCAGUCUUUUUUUAUCUCGCAACAGCAACAAUCACCUUCGCCAUCGUAUUCGAUCGUUUUGGAUCAUCUAGUCACCGCCACCUCGGCUCUGCCUACCGGUAUAAUUAAGCAAAAGCCGGCCAGUAUACCUUCGGCCGCGGCAGCCGUUGUCAAAUUGGAUAAUGGACUUUUAACCACAGGUGUUAUGAUGCCCUGUGGAUUGGCCAAGUCGUCUCCAUUGCAACAUAACAACGCUUCAGCAGCCAUAGGACAGCAACUCAUAUCAUCGAAUAAUUCCAGCUUCUCGUUGGUACAGCAGCUGACCUCGUCCAAUGUGCAUAACUCCAACGUGAAUAUUCCUCAUCAUUUUUCUACCAUUUCGAGCAGUGGUUCACUGGUGAUCCAGCAAAUCUCCGGCAACACGGUGCCUUCGCCUCUACUUAACCACGUCAACAAUUCGCUACUUAUCAGCGCCGAAGCCGCUGCCACGCAAUCGAUUCUAAACGCCCAAACACCUCAGUACGUGCCAAACAACACAUCUUUCUUAUUCAACGCCCAGCAAUUGACUUCAUCAACGUCUUCUUCGUCGACCCUGUCGGCUGUACCGGAUAACGUUGUAUCUUCGUACGCGGACGGUUCAACGCCAUCGUCGACAUCGUUCAUCAUAUCCACCUCUUGCGCCAACCGUAACGACGUCGGUACCGGUAUCUCGUUGGCCACCUCCGGCUCGAAUAUGAUACCCAUCGAUAAUACCAACACCGGGGCAUCGUCGACUCACUUCAAACCCUCUUGCGGCGUGCCAGCUGUCGCCGCUGUCAGCACUUCGAUGGCCGUUAUCGCCGCCACAACCACGGCCGGUACCAGUUGCACGUCUACUUUGAGCAGUACUGGAAAUAUCACCAGUGACGAUAUUGCUGCCAAAUGCCAACUAUACGUGAAGUCUAUGCCAUCGUUGAUUAGUUCUGAUUCGCAACACCCGGAGCAGAUAACGCUGUUUAAAGCUACCGAAGAAUCGUGGUCGGUUCAAGACGCCGGAAACCAGACUGAAACGAACGAUGAUCAGGAUGGAUGCUGUUACGAUUCGGAUAAGAAGUCGAUCGAUAGUGAUUCGUCGGAAGAGUCGACUCGUCUAAAGAUUGAUCCGGAUCACGAAGUUUCAUCUUGCGAAAGCGAUGUCGAAGAAGUAGAUAGCCCGGUGUCUGAUAAAGAACCGCCUCGAUUAACAGAGUCGACGCCUCCUCCUCCGGUCAUCAUCGAACGGUCUUCGAAAGGUGCCGAAACUCCAGAUUUCAGCGGACUUCAGCUUUUGCUCAACGGGAUCGAACAAGUCGAACAUGUCAGAGAUACCAGUACCGAUGCUUCUGUAUCGGUGGAUACUGCAGCAGCUGCGUCGUCGGUUGCUGGAUCCGAUGAAGAUACCGUCAAGGCGCAGCCGGCUAAUGGGUUGGAGAUUUUGUGCGCUUUGGCUGAUCAGCGGUUCUACGAAGAGAAUGAAGAUGAUAAGGAUGGAUGUGCUAGACAGACUGGUGCGUCGAAGAAGAAAAGUACUCAGCAGAGAAUACGCGACGCGUUCGAGGACGAUUCGUUCAGCAGCGCGUAUCGAUACAAAAACGACUCCUCUCCGGUGCUAAAAAGCAACAGCGACGACCGGUUGUUCUCGUCGACGAAACACGAAAGAUCUGUGAGCCCUUACGAAGGCAACCAGUUGAAAAUGCGUCAAGAACUGGCCCGACUGCAGAAAAAAUACCGCGAAACUCGCAAAGUUCUCGAUCGACUGACGCACGGAAAAUACGCCGCUAAUAUUUCUUCGUCGUCGACCAGGUACUUUGAACUUUCUCGCUUGGUCCUUUCUGCCUUUCUGUCCGACUCGUGUAGUAUCGAGGAAAACGAUGAAUUUUCCCAAUUUCUAUCAUGUGCUAGAUCUCCUACGCCGUUGAAAGAUGUCGCCGCGACGACCGCAGGCGCAAGCUCGGAGCCGGAUUUCGAUUCGAAAACAAUCGCCACUCCGGUCAAACGCAGACCCGGACGUCCUCGCAAGUACAGCGAUCCGUCCCUUGCGCUUGAUAAGAGUAACUUGAGCUCGAGUUCGUCCGCAUCUUUGCAACGUUCUUCGGUGCCUCCUGCUUCGUCGUCGUCUAAAUCACUAAGACCUAAACCGAAGCUAAAAUUUGACUCGAUUCUCGAUUCGUCGUCGCCGGAAAAAACCAGCGGUAAUGGCGAUCUCAGUCCUCCUGUGCUCGAACCGAUGUGCGUUUCCAGCACCAAAGUAGCCAAACCUUUCAAAAGCGCUGUCCUAAGUCCUCCUACGCUUCUGCCGAGUAAGAAAUCGCAACGUUUGCAGUCGCCGUUCUUUUCCAGGGGUAAAAGGUCGCACUCGUCUCGAGAUGGAUUGGAUGGUUUUUCUUCGUCCGAACCGGAAGAAGAUUACGGAGACGAGAUCGACUCCGAUGAAGACGAUUACGAGCAGACGAGGCGUAGUGUUUACGGAAACGACGCUUUGAAAGUGAGGAAGAAUUUUUAUAAAGGAGGAUAUCUCGAUGAUAAUGGUAAAGAAACCAGUGGGUUGAAGAGACCGAUGCCGGAGAAACGUAAAGUUGGUCGACCCAGAAAGUAUCCCAAAGUUGAGCCCCAGAAUCAAACGACGACCGAGGCGAUGAAUUGUAAAAAUCAAAACAAAAGUACAUCUUCUCGCUUUUUAACCGGUGCUUCGAAACUCUCCAAGUAUAUUUCUUCGGCCAUGUUGGAAUCUCAACGCAAACCAAUACAUUCGAGUCAGUUUUACGAUAAAGAAUGCAAACCUAAAAUAACACCCAAGCUGAAAGCCGAAGCUAAGUUGAAAACCUGGAGACAGGAAUCUCCCUCGCCUGAGGCGAAUUCUCCCAAUGACAGCAUCGAUUGCCCAUUUACUUUCACUAACAGCACUUCUCAUAAAGCGAGCAGCAGUAUUGCGAAAAAAUCCAAAAGUGUGUCUGCUUCGGACGACGAUGAAAGAUCCGAUUACCUGUCGCGAACACUCACCCAUCGGCCGUCUUCUCAUUUCGGUUCAAUUAGCUCGAAAAAUUUUACUAAUUCGAAGUUCUGCUCGAGUAAUUCUACAACUACUGCGGCCAAUACAAAAACUUCUUCCAUCGUGACUGCUCCGGAUACAACGACGAAUACAGGUUCCGCAGGAGCUAGCGACUUUAGCAACGAUGAUUUCCGAAUCACUGUGAAAUUAUUAGAAGACGUGGAAGCGAAUCCUUUAAGGGUGUUGAUUGCCGUAGGUGGCCUGUUCAGAGCUGGAGAGUUGUCAGCUGUUCGAGCUCCGGAUUUGUACGGUAUCAAAUUGGAUGGCGAAAGAGGUCAUAGGACGCAUAUUUACACGAAAGAAGAAGUACUGAGAGAUGUGGUAUUGGAAGUCGAAGGCAAAUACCCGCUGAAGAAUGGUACCAGAGUUUGCGCAUUUUGGUCAUCGCAGUAUUUAUCGCUUUAUCCGGGUUUCGUGACGUCGUUUUCGUCAUCGGACGAAUCAGAAGACGAGUAUUUUACCUCGGUCGAAUUCGACGACGGUGAUAGCGGACGUAUUAAUAUUAAGGAUAUCAGACUGUUACCGAAGAAUUUCUCCAUUAGUCGACGAACAUUGUCCGAAGAUUCGAACACGCAGUAUCCGAAUAAUCACGAUCAUCACAAAAGGAAACGUCGAAUAUCGGGAGUUAGUUUCGAAGAAAUCCCCGUCGAUAAACAAUUGCAUUCUCCUAAAAGUCCAUCUUUAUCGACGGAAGAAGGCACCCAAGAUGACGAAUCGUCGCAAUCGCGUCGUAUCUCGACCGCUUCUUCGGCUCGUAAAUCGUUCACCGAAUACGAAGAUACCGGUUCGAGAUCAUCGUCUUUUGAUCAAAAUGACCCCGAAUCCAGAUCUAAUUUCGAACCGAGUACAUCGGGAGACGAAGUAUCUGCGCCUAAGAUACGUCGACGUGAAGAUGACAAUCAAGAUGGUGAUCGUAGAAUCGAUAGCAAGAAUUCGCCUCAGAAAAAACACCUGAAAAAGAAACGUAAAGAUAAAUUGCGAGCCAAAGACUCGGCCAGCUCGUCGUUUAAACGUAAGAGUCACAAAUGCGACGAUAACGAUCACGAUUCGGAUUCGAGAAAGUCCCAUAAACGCCAUAAACACAAGCAUAAGCAUCGCAAGCAUCAUAAAAGGAAACGAUCGUCGUCGUCGGAGCGAAAGUACUUGUUGGAAGAUGUAUCUAGCAGGAUAUCGAAACAGAACAGUAACGAUGGUCGUGAAAUCUUCAUCGGCGAUGAUUUGGAUAUUUCGUGUCGUUCUGAGGCUGAUUGUUCGAAGGAAUCGUGUUGUAAUAAAAAUAAUAAUAAUAGUAGUAAAAACAUCGCCUGUGGUUGUAAAACUAAACGCAGUUUUAACGAUAAGCAUUCGGAAGUGCCAUCGAUGCCUUUGAAAGGCGAACCAAUCGAAGUUGACGACACAAGUGUAGAUGAUCGAAUCACCUCGACGGUGAAAAAAGAAGAAUUCGAGCCAGUCUCGAAAUACGGUGCUAUUAAUUCAGGUGGUCUGAAACAAUCAAAACCUCACGAAGGAGAUGAUAUCGAAGCUUUCAAUUCGUUCACGAAUCAACUCGGUGGCUCGCAGAGUAAAUCUGUUAAUCGAAAGACUGCUCGACCUCAAAUCUCGGCCUCAGUUCAGCCCAUCGAUAGUGCUACAGCUUCGCUCAAUCGUAAACAGUCUUCCAAACAAACCAAAAGUGAGAAGACGAAUAAAGAAGAGAAACGAAAAGAAGAGAAAAGAGAAGACGAGAAGGAAGAAGAAGACCGUGAUGAUGAUGAGGAUGAAGACGAUGAAGAUGCAGAAGAAGAAGAAGAAUCGAGCGAAGAUUCGCGCGAUAAUCAAGACGAACCUAAUUCCGGUGAUAAUUUUUGGCAGUGGUGUGGCAAAGGGUUCAAGAGAAAUGGAAAAGGACGAGCGAAGAAGGAAUUUUUCCAAGCUAUUCGAAGAGGAGAUGUGGAAAUUAGGGUCGGAGAUUGCGCUGUAUUUUUAACGGCAGAAAAUUCACCCAAGCCAUUUAUCGGUCGAAUCAAAUCGAUGUGGGAAUCGUAUCAGAGUAUGAUGGUGCUCGUGAAAUGGUUCUAUCAUCCGGAAGAGACGAGUGGCCUCAAAGAAGAAUUACCUUUUUUGGGAGGCUUGUUCGAGUCACCGCACGAUGACAAGAACGACGUUCAAACCAUAUCGCAUAAAUGCGAAGUAGUCUCGAUCAAAGAAUACAAAGAACGGCUGAAAAAGGAGCCCGAACGUCUGACCAACGUUUACGAAUCCAACGACGUGUAUUAUUUGGCCGGCCAUUACGAUCCCACCACUAAAAAACUGACUCUGGAAAAAGACGUCGUUUCGUAAACGUUUUUUUUUCAUUUCAGAGUUCGUUUUACAUAUUAUUUCGUGUGUACUGUGUACGUAUUUUUGUAAUCUCGCGCCAUUUUUUUGUUUGUUUUUUGUACUCGACGCGAUAAUUAGUUACCAAUUUUAAAAGAUAAUCAACGUUUGUAUCAAUUUUUUUCUCUUUUAAUUCGCGUUUCCGGUGUUUUUUCUCCCAUUUAUUAUAAUUAGAGUACGUAUCCGGUAUCGUCAUUCAUUUAUUUACCUAAUCGUUUUGAUGUUUGAGAAAUCUUUAGGAUAGAUUUCCGUCUGUUUGCUUUUUUUCUUAGUGAGUUUUUUUUUUUUUUUGUUGUUUCGAAAAGAAUUUUGAAAAUCAGUAUUGUUAAUUCGAGAUAUCGUGAUUUUUUUUUACGCCAUGGCCCCGUUGACAUCGUGUUUUUCAAAUAAAGGGCUCUAGUGCGGAAAUAUCUACGCUUAAUGUGGUAGAAUUUUUUUUCUUUUUUUUUUUUUGAUACGAUAAAACGUAACAUUUUUUUUCAUUUUUAAAUGAAUUUUUAGUACGUUAGGUUUUUUCUCUUUCAAAAAAAAAUUAUCGUGAUUGAUUUUAUUUACUUACCAAUUUAUAUAUUGAUUAUUGAGUAGUUUUUUGUAGUUGUAAUGAUGUUUUUGUCUUUAAGAUGCGCUUAUUCUUAUUUUCGAAGAAGAAAAAAAAAACAAAUACUAUACGAUUAUUUAUCUAAGGUUCUCUAGUCUUUCAUUUUAACUGUAAUAAUUUUUUUUUUUAAUUUAGAGAUAAACGAAUCAAUUAUCGUGUUUCUUACCUAUCUAUACGAUAUCUAUUGUAUAUAACUUCUUUUACUUUUUUUCUCUCUCUCUUUUCUGAUGAUUGAUUUUUGAUUAUAUACACGUAUUAUUUAUUGAUUAUAAUUUGUAAUAUUUCGUUCGUGUAUAAAUAUUUUUAAUUUAAUUACCCGCGUAUUACGCUACCUAUUGUAUCGUACUUGUUAUAAUCAUUGUGCCGAGUGGUAUUUAUUUUAAAAAUGACGAUAAAAAUUGAUUAUUUUUAAUUUCAAUAAUAAUAUCGAAUUAUCAUAUCGA